AUUAUGGUGACUGGUCAAAAAGGUAUUCCUAUGUUACUGUUUGAUCCAUGUAGGAGUUAGUCUCGCGACGAAUAUGAAUAUCCUGCAUACGAUAACAAGCAUGUAGUAUCAAUAUGUAAAAAUAAUGCACUAUAAGCAACUGGCCAGCGGCGGAAUUGACAUCCAGCUUUUGGUAACCCUGCCACCGACAGUUGACCAGGUGAUAGUUGAAGACCUGACGACAUUAAAACAAUCGGUUAUUGCCAGUCAACCUUCUUGCGAUCGAAACCAGUGGUAAUUUUCUGGCUCUUUUCUUGCUGAUAGCAUGCAAGCAGGAACACCUGGCCCUUUGGAAGAAUUCACACCAUUCGUUCGUUGCAGUAUCAUCGAUCCCAUGGCGGAAGACGAUAAGAAAGCUAUUAUUUUCAACGCUCUCGCCGUCGAUGUGUUCAAGCAAUUGGGUGAGCUGAUCGACUGUGUGCAUGACGAGUAUCCGUACGAACUGUAUGUGGCUCCUGUCAAUGAUGUCGUUGAACAAUUCCGUCGAUCCAGCCGGGUCGUGUACGAUUGGAUUAUUCAACAUUACGGAAGUUGUGAAGAUUUUCUGGAAUCUCAACUCGACAAAGUCUUUACGGGCCGCGGUCCACGCAUGCGGAUGAACGCUCUUCGCUAUACAGUAAUCACUCACCAAGAAUACUCCAGCGACCGUCGACUGCCAAAGCUCACGAAAACACUCUCACGCCAAGACUUGCUGUUGGUUCUCUAUCAGAAGGACUACUUUUAUUGGAUUACCAACAAAUUCAACAAAAACCGGAUAAAGCGUACGCCUGUCGUGCGAAGCAACGGCUCAACGUCGGCCACCAAUUCCACACACAACACCGCCGGGGCUACGACGGGCCAAAAUGCGGUUCAGCCCAUGUAUGAUCGCCUUACUACAGAGAUAAUGAACUUUUACACGGUAGCCCGACGAUUGUAUGUGUACUGGCAGCGUCAUGGAAAGCUGACUGUUUCGUGAUUAGACGCUACAACCUCACCCCAAUGCGAUCAAACAACGCAAGCUGGUGAUUGAAAAGAUCAACCGUAUGCUCAAGGAUCGCUGGCCGUACGAGAACCUUCGAGUCAAACCUUUCGGGUCCUCAGCCAGUGGUCUGGACUCGGACAAGUCCGACCUGGAUUUGUGUAUCACCGUCCCUCUGCACCAGUUCACUGAUGAUAUU